AUGAAUACCGCACAGCGGGGCUGCUGCCUGGGGAGGCGGCUGUGGCAGCAGCUCCCGAGCAGCAGCAGGCCAGCUGGUGCGGAGGCAUCGGCGGCGGCAGCCAAGGAGGAGCAGCAGCAGGCGGCGCCGGCCUCAGACACGCCCACAGGCGUGCUGGACCUGCAGCAGCGCCUCCAGCUGCGGCGCUCGUCGUCGGAGGAGCACGAGCCGGCGCUCCGGCAGGCGCAGCAGGCUGCACAGCAGCAGCUGCAGCUGGCGGCGCUCCUGCUGGAGCGCGGUCGCUGCCAAGAGGCGCUGGCGGUGCUGCAGCCGCUGCUGGCGCGGCAGCCCGGCGACGCGCGGGCACUGUGCCUUCAGGGCCGCUGCCUGGCGGCUGCGGGCAACCGGCCGCAGGCUCUCGCGGCGUUUGCGGCGGCGCUGGCCGAGGCGCCCGGCUGCCUGUCGGCGCUGCUGGGCUGCGCCGCCGUGUAUAAGGACUCUGGCCUGCUCCCAGAGGCGGUGGCGGCGCUGCAGCAGGCACAGGCGCAGGCUGUGCAGCGGCCAGCGGCAGACGCGCCCCCGGCGGCGGCGGCGGGCGACGGCGGCGUGGCAGGAGGCGCGGGCCCGGCGGCGGCGGCGGCGGCAGCAGCGGCCCCAGAACCGGCAGACCCGGCAGCGGCAGCAGGGGCAGCAUCAGCAUCAGCGACGGCGGCGGGUGGGAGCGACGCAGGGUGGGGGGCCACCGCCGGGCGGGCAGCAGGGGCGCCUGCCUCGGUGGCAGACCGCAUGCUCUGCUGCAGCGGCGCUGAUGUGGCGCAGGCACUGGCAGUGGUGCUGACAGACUUAGGCACGCAGCAGAAGCUGGGCGGGCAGGCCGGCUGGCGGCGGCAGUACGAGCGGGCGGUACAGGUGGCCCCAGCCUACGCCCCUGCCCACUACAACCUGGGCGUGGCGGCAGGGGAGGCUGGCGAGGCGGACGAGGCAAUAGAGCACUACCGUACCGCGGUCGGCCUGUCGCCGCGCUAUGCAGAGGCCUGGUGCAACAUGGGGGUCCUGUUCAGGCAGCAGGGCCAGCUGGACCGCGCCAUUGCCGCCUACGAGCAGGCCCUGGCGGCGGCGCCGCACCUGGAGGUGGUGCAGCUGAACCUGGCGGUCGCGCUGACGGAGCACGGCACGCGGCUCAAGGCAGCGGGCGAGGCGGCGGAGGGGAUUGCCGCGUACGAGCGGGCGCUGGCGCUGCAGCCGCGCCACGCAGAGGCUCUGUACAAUUUGGGGGUGGCUCGCGCCGAGCAGGGGCAGGCCGACAGGGCGCUGUUCAUGUACCAGACGGCCCUGCUGGUGCAGCCGGGCUGCGCGGAGGCUCACAACAACCUGGGGGUGCUGUACCGCGAGCAGGGCAACAUGGAGCGGGCGGUACAGUGCUACCUCGCCGCCCUCAACGCGCGACCCAACUUCCCGCAGGCGCGCCCCGGCUGCCGCCUGCCGCGCCAGCAGCUGCCCAGCGGCCGGGGCAGCGGCCUCAACAACCUGGCUGUCAUCUACACGCAGCAAGGCCGGGCACAGGAGGCGCUGCAGCUGCUGCAGGCGGCGGUGAUGGCGGCGCCAACCUAUGCAGAGGCGUACAACAACCUUGGAGUGCUGCAGGAGCUGCACCCGCGGCUGCCGCCGCUGGGCCUGCCCGACGUGGAUGCCACCGAGGGGCGCCCGCUUGUGGUGGGCUACCUCUCCCCCGACCUCUUCACCCACUCCGUCUCCUACUUUGCAGAGGCGCCGCUGGCACACCACGACCCCGCCGCCGUCCGCGUCAUCGCCUAUAGCUGCGUGCCCAAGCCAGCCUCCAAAACGCCCUUGCCGCAGCCGGACAGCAAGACGGAGCGGCUCAAAGGCGAGGUGCUGGCGGCGGGGGGCACCUGGCGGGAGGACCGGGUGGACCUGCUGGUGGAGCUGACCGGGCACACCGCCAGCAACCGACUGGGGACCAUGGCCAUGCGUCCCGCGCCGGUACAGAGGAGCUGCGGCUUUGUGACUUUCGGGUCCUUCAACGCCCUGGCCAAGCAGACCCCAGAGGUGCUGCGGGUGUGGGCGCGCAUCCUGCUGGCGGUGCCCGGCAGCCGCUUGGUGCUGAAGAACAAGCCGUUUGCCUGCGAGGUGGUGUGCAACCAGUACUGGCGUGUGUUUGAGGCGGAGGGCGUCGAGCGCACCAGGGUGGACCUCCUGCCGCUGGCCGCCGCCAACAGGGACCACCUGGCCCAGUACGGCAUGAUGGACGUCAGCCUGGACCCCUGGCCGUACGCCGGUACCACCACCACCGCGGAAUCCCUGUACAUGGGCGUGCCCUGCCUCACCCUGGCUGGCGCCUGCCACGCACACAACGUCGGCGUCAGCCUGCUGACGGCAGUGGGGCUGCAGCACGACUGGGUGGCGCGCUCAGUGGACGAGUAUGUGGAGCAGGCGGCGGCGCUCACCCGUGACCUGCCGGCGCUGGCGGCACUGAGAGCGGGGCUGCGCCAGCGCAUGCUGCAGUCUCCGCUGUGCGACGCGCCCGCAUUUGUGCGGCGGCUGGAGGGAGUGUACCGCACGCUGUGGCAGCGAUGGCUGGACCAGCAGCAGGCGGCUGUGCGCACCUGCAUCCGAAGCAUCCUGUUGCCGUGCAUUAGUUCCAAGUUGCAGUGCCCCGGUCAAGCAGCAGCCGAGAUGGAUGCCCGACACAGAUACAUUGCGUCGCGGCUGGCCGAGACAUUUGCCGACGUCACGCCGGAGAGCGCCGAGGCGGUCGUGGCCUCCUACCAGAGGGAGGUGCCCAGCGUUUUGGAGGGAGACCUCACAGCCGGACCCAGGCUGUACAUAUGCGAUCCCCAGGCCGAGCCGCUGCGCAGCAAGGCGCUCGUCUUCACUGUCGCGAAUGGGCGCAAGGGGGUCCUGGAGAAGAGCGCGGACACAGACAUGGUGGCGGCGGAGGUGUCGCCCCAGGUUCUGGCCAACCUGCAGGCGAGCAGGGGCGGUGGGGGGGCGCUGCUGAGCGAGCUGUACAUUCCGCUAGUGGAGGCAGCCACGCCGGCGCCGCACCCGGCGGCGGAGCGAGCAAAGGCAGAGUUCCUGCUGGGCGCCAACAAGUUUGUGGCGUCGCUGGCCGAGGCGGCGGCCGGCGCGGGCGGCGCGGUGGCGCUGCCGCUGCCCGAGGCGCAGCACCUGGCUGCGGCCAUGGGGCGCGGCGGGCCCAAGUCGCUCACGCGGGCGGCCGCCAACGCGGAGCUUGUGGCCCACUUUGCCGCCGUGCUGACAGACUGGUGUGAUGUGCUGGAAAAGGCGCUGGAUGAGGGGCAGGGCGCGGCGGCGGGCAAGGAGGCGGAGGACGCGGGCCCCGAGCUGAAGCUGGAGCACUGGCGGGCGCGCAUGACGCGCCUCAGCGGCGCCGCCGAGCAGCUGGCCGACGCGGAGCACCGCUGCGUGGCGGCGGUGUGCGUGGCGGCGGCGGCGCCGGCGUGCGGGCGGUGGCGCGCGCUGGAGCUGCGGCUGGCCGACGCGGCGGCAGAGGCGAGGGAGACGGUCAAGUACCUGACCACACUGGAGGGCAGCCUGGAGUGCAUCUACACAAAGGAGCCCUCCCAGAUCGCCGCCUGCCUGCCCCUCAUCGCCAACAACCUGCGCAUGGUGCACUCCAUCUCCCGCCACUACGCCCACCCCGCCACCCUGGCAGCCUUCAUGCGCAAGGUGCUGGGGCUGGUGCUGAUCGCCAACCAGCUGAUCAAGCGCUCGCGGCAGCACCUGCUGGCCCCCGGCAAGCUGUGGGAGCAGCCCAAGCCCGCGCUGAUCGCCGCCCUGGGCGACGCCGCCGCCCUGCACGCCGCCUUUUUGCAUCACGCGGGCGGCCUGCUGGGCGGCGGCGGCGGUACCGGCGGCACAGCCGGCGGCGCAGCCGGUAGCACAGCGGCAGACCACGCCUUUGCCAAGUACGCCCAGUUUGGGCGGCGCUGCGGCAAGCUGGCCGACAUGUUUGGCACGGUGCACGCGUUCAGCCAGCUGGCGGGGCACACCCACAUUGAGGGCAUCGCAGCCGUGCUGGCCAAGUUUGGAGAGGUGGUGGACGACAUCAAGCGUCGCCCCUACGACCUCCUGGAUGCGAGCCGCACCCAGUUUGACCGCGACCUGCUCGAAUUCGGCGUGCAGAUCAACGACCUGGAGGCGGCCCUGCAGGACGUCAUCAACGCCUCCUUUGCCCGCGCCGCCUCCACCGAGCACUCCCUGCUGCUGCUGCGCCAGUUUGAGAGCCUGCUGCAGCGAGACUCGUUCCGAGCCGACCUGGACGCCAAGUACGCGCUGGCCUUCCAGGGCUACGCCGCCGACCUGGAGGCGGUACAGGCGCUGUACGAGAAGCAGAAGGCGGCGCCGCCGCGGCCCCGCAACGCGCCACCCGUCGCCGGAUGCAUCAUGUGGUCCCGCCACCUUCUCCACCGAGUGGAGGCGCCCAUGCGCCGCUUCCAGGCCUGCGAGGGCCUGAUGGCUGCGCGGGAGAGCAAGCGCGUCAUCCGCACCUACAACCGCCUGUGCCAGGCCCUCCUCGAGUUUGAGGCGCUGUGGCACCAGGCCUGGCUGCGCAGCGUGGACGGCGCCAAGACGCAGCUGCAGGCCACACUGCUGACGGAGCACCCAGACAGCGGCGCCCUGCUGGUCAACCUGGACCGAGGCGUGCUGCAGCUGCUGCGGGAGGCACGCUACAUGCGGCGCCUGGGGCUGCCCGUCCCCGAGUCCGCGCAGGCGGAGGAGAAGUUCACGCUCUACUUCAACCAGCUCACCCACGCGCUCAAGGAGCUUGCGCGGGUGACAGGCAGCCUGCAGCCGCGGGAGCAGCUGGUACCGCUGCUGCAGCCCCACCUGGACGACCUGCAUGAGAAGAUGCUGCCCGGCCUGCACGUCCUGACCUGGACCUCCAUGAACAUCGACGGCUACCUGCACCGCUUCCACCAGUGCCUGGCCCGCGCCGAGGAGCUGGCCCGCAAAGUGGGCGACAUCAUGGUUAAUCGCAUACAGGCCAACCUUGCGGCGGUGGCGGCGGCGCCCCUGCUGGACCUGCCCGCCGACCAGAGCUUCAGCUUUGAGGAGUUUGGAGAGCACCAGGCCGCCUUUGUACGGCGGCAGGUGGAGGCGCUGGCGGUGCGCAGCGGCGAGGUGCAGCGGGGCUGCGAGGAGCUGCUGGACUUGGCUGCCGCCUGGCCGCGGGAGAACCCCGAGGUGCGGCUGGCGCCCGAGGCGUGUGCCCUGUUCCGAGACCACUGCACGCGCGGCAUGUGCCAGUCCCUGCUGUCCGCCAUCCGCGCCAGCUUCUCCGUGCUCAAGCGGCGCCUGGCCUCCACCGCGGUGGGCGGCCCGCUGUUCCUGGAGCGCCCCAUCUUCAGGGUGGAGCUGCAGCUGCAGGUACCGUCUGUGGUACUGCACCCCUCGCUGGAGCAGAUCCAGGAGGCGAUCAAUGCGGCAGCCAAGCUGGUGCUGCAAGUGGCGCGCCAGCUGCGCAUGUGGGGCUGCGACGACCCCGAGGCCAGCUACUUUGACCUGAUCAGCAAGGACCCUGAUAUCGUGAAGGUUGUCCUGCUGCUGACGGGGAGCGUGGAGGGCAUGAAGCAGCAGACAGUAGAACACUUGAAGACGUUUUCCCAGUUUGAGUUCCUUUGGAAGACCGACCUUCAGGCAAGAGGGGCCGAGUACGAGGCCUUCAUGCGCACCUCCCCCUCCCUGGAGGAGUGCGAGGUCCAGCUGCGGCGCAUCGUGGCGGUGGAGCAGGAGAUUGCGCUCAUCCCUACCGUGCACACCCUGGGCGCCCUCUCCCUGGACAGCGCCCCGCUCAAGCACCAGCUGCGGGGGGAGGCGGCCGCCUGGAAGGCUCACUUUGCACGCACCAUCCACCAGCGCGCGUCGCAGGACCUGCAGGCAAGUUUUCGUUGUGUUGCUUGCGUGUGUGCCUACGACCAGCACCUGCGAGAGCUGACCGUGAAGCUGGGGCGAAGGGUGGAGGACCUGGAGGACGUGCGGGCGCUGGUGGGCGUGCUGCGGGAGGUGCGCGAGUACGAGGCCAGCCUGGAGGCGGUGGUGGCGCCCAUAGAAGACAUGUACGCCCUGCUGCUCAGGUACGAGGUGCGGGUGCCCAAGGAGGAGGCGGACCUGGUGGGCGACCUGCGCUACUGCUGGCGCAAGCUGCGAAAGCAGGCGGGGGAGGUGGCGGAGAGCCUGGCCAUGCUACAGGUGGGCUUCAAGCGCACGCUGCUGCAGGACCUCAACCUGGCGGAGGAUGUGAUGAAGCUGCAGCACCUGCUGGACGCAAAUAUGCUGGCGCACAGGGACGACGUGGAGGACCUGUGCACGGCCGCCGUGAAGGAGGAGCAGAUCGAGGUCAAGCUGGCGUCGGUGGCGCAGCAGUGGGCGCAGGAGGUCUUCACCUUUGCCGAGCACAAGCAGCGCGGGCCGGUGGUGCUCAAGCCCUCCGACACCUCUGAGCUUCUGGAGCGGCUGGAGGACUCGCUGAUGGUGCUGGGCGGCAUGGCCACCAACCGCUACUCGGCGCCCUUCCGCCAGGAGGUGCAGGCCUGGAUCAGCAAGCUGUCCACCGUGAGCGAGACCCUGGAGGGGUGGCUGAUGGUGCAGAACAUGUGGAUGUACAUGGAGGCGGUGUUCUCUGGGGGGGACAUCGUGAAGCAGCUGCCGCAGGAGGCCAAGCGCUUCCAGAACAUCGACAAGAAUUUCAUGAAGGCGAGCGCCGGGCGCUGGGGGUGGCUGGCUGGCUGGCUGGCCGGCUGGCCGGCUGGCCGGGGGCCUGGCUUGCCUCGCGCACCACUCCCCCACCCACCCACGCUCCAAAUCGCCCACCCGCAAGUGGUGGCGCACGCGGGCGAGACGCUGACGGUGGUGGACACGCUUGGGCUGGGCAAGAUCUUCAAGGGACUGGCGCAGAGCGGCCUGUGGGCCUGCCUGGACGAGUUCAACCGCAUCAACCUGGACGUGCUGUCGGUGUGCGCCCAGCAGAUCCACUGCGUGCUGUCCGCCAUCCGCGAGCGCAAGAAGAGCUUUGUGUUCACGGGCGACUGGACCGACGGCAUAUUUUCGGUGCUGUGGCGCCGCGCCGCCAAGGCCCGCAACCAGCACACCUGGAUCGUGCUGGACGGCCCGGUGGAUGCGAUCUGGAUCGAGAACUGCAACACAGUGCUGGACGACAACAAGGUGCUGACGCUGGCCAACGGCGACCGCAUCCAGAUGACGCCCCAGAUGCGGGCGCUGUUUGAGCCGGAGAACCUGGCCAACGCCUCCCCCGCCACCGUGUCGCGCGCGGGCAUCAUCUACGUGUCGGGUGGGGGCCCGCUGGAGCUGCGCCCGAUCAUGCACAAUGAGCAGGUGUGCCAGGUCAGCACGCUGCUCACCCUGCUGUCUGGCUGCCUCAAGGCGCUGUCCGGCGGCGGCGGCGGCGGCGGCGGCGGCGGCGGCGGCGGCGGUACCGGCGGCGGCACCACACCCCAGCUGGCCCCAGACCACUACGAGCGCCUGUUCCUGUACUGCGCGACCUGGUCCCUGGGCGGCCUGCUGGAUGGAAAGGACAGGCAGCUCUUUGAUGCGCACCUGCGCACCCUGACCGAGCAGGCGCCGGAGAAGAUACUGGACUCCGACACUUUCUACGAGUUUUUGGUGGACGAGCGCAGCGGUCGGUGGCAGCACUGGCGGGACCGCAUCCCCGCCUGGCAGUAUCCCGCCGGCAUCGAGCGGCCCCGCUUUGCCCAGCUCGUGAUACCCACCCUGGAUUCUGUGCGGUACGAGCACCUCCUGGGCCUGGUGCACUCUGUGGGCAAGGCCUCCCUGCUGGUGGGCGGCCCCGGCACCGCCAAGACCUCCACCGUGCAGCAGUUUCUGGGCAGCUUCCCCAAGGACGAGCACUCCUCCAAGACCAUCAACUUCUCCUACCUCACAACGCCGGGCAUCUUUCAGCAGGCCAUGGAGGGCGCGGUGGAGAAGCGGCAGGGGCGCACCUACGGCCCCCCCUCUGGCCGCACGCUGACCGUCUUCAUAGACGACAUCUCCAUGCCCGCCAUCAACGAGUGGGGAGACCAGGUCACAAACGAGAUUGUGCGUCAGCUGCUGGAGCAGCAGGGUUUCUACUCGCUGGACAAGCCGAUCGGGGACAUGAAGAGCGUGGUGGACACGCGGUUUGUUGCGGCCAUGGGCACGCCCGCGGCCGGGCGCAACGACAUCCCCAACCGCCUCAAGCGCCAGUUUGCCAUCUUUGCGGUGCUGCCGCCCAGCGAGGCCGCCAUCAACGGCGUGUUUGGCAGCCUGAUGGCGGGGCGCUUCGAAGACCAGACCUUCAGCCCAGAGGUUGUCUCCAUGUCCCGCCGCCUGGUACCGCUCACCAUGGAGCUGUGGGGGCGGGUGCAGGCCCGCAUGCUGCCCACCCCCUCCCGCUUCCACUACCUGUUCAACAUGCGGGACCUAUCCAAGGUCUUCCAAGGCAUCCUGCUGGCGCAGCGCGACCGCUUCGCCGCCCGCCCUGCUCCCGGUACCGCCUGUACCGCCGGUACCGGCACUCCGCCCCCCUACGGCGGCCGCGUCACCUCCCCCGAGGGCUACCUGCUGGCGCUGUGGGCCCACGAGUGCCAGCGCGUGUUUGGGGACAAGCUGGUCAGCCUUGAGGACAAGGGCUGGGUGGCAGGCACCGUGGCGGAGCUCGCCAAGCAGGCCUUUGGGCCUGGCCUGGCUGCCCAGGUGUCCGAGCCGCUGCUGUUUGUGGACUACCUGCGGGAGCCGCGGAGGGAUGAGGCCACGGGGGAGGUGGUGGAGGCGCGGCCCAGCUGCUACGAGAGCGUGCCCGGCGGCAUGGAGGAGGUGUGGCGGAGGAUGGACGCCUUCCAGGCGCGUUUCAACGAGGGCAGCCGCACGCUGAAGAUGGAGCUGGUGCUGUUCCAGGACGCGCUGGAGCACGUGGUGCGCCUGUCCCGCCUGCUAGCCAUGGAGCGAGGCUCCGCGCUGCUGGUGGGUGCCUCCGAGGCUGCGCCAGCUGGCCUGUGCGUAUACCAGCACAGCGCACCACCGCCUGGUCCUCUGCUUCCUUGCUUCGUUACUUUUCUUAGAGGCCUCGCCCAGGUGGGCGUGGGCGGCUCCGGCAAGCAGAGCCUGGCGCGGCUGGCUGCCUACAUCGCGGGCGCCUACACCUUCCAGAUCACCAUCACCAAGACAUACAACGUCACCAACCUGCUGGAGGACAUACGGGGCCUGUACAAGAUUGCAGGUGUCAAGGGGCAGCCGGUCUGCUUCAUCUUCACAGAGUCGGAUGUCAAGGAGGAGGCCUUCCUGGAGUACAUUAACCAGCUGCUCAUGACGGGCGAGGUGGCUGGGCUGCUGCCCAAGGACGAGCUGGACGUCUUCCUCAAUGACCUGCGCCCAGUCAUGCGCCAGGAAUGCCCAGGCGUGCCCGACACCUACGACGCCCUCUACUCCUUCUUCAUCAACCGCGUGCGGGACCGCCUCCACAUGGUCCUCUGCUUCUCCCCCGUGGGCAAGCGCUUUGCCCGCUGGGCGCAGCAGUUCCCGGGCCUCAUCUCGGGCUGCACCAUCGACUGGUACCUGCCAUGGCCGGAGGAGGCGCUGACGGCGGUGUCCUCCAAGCUUCUGGACAGCUUCCCCAUGGAGUGUACCGCGGAAACCAGGGCCGCCCUCAAGCACAUGAUGGCCUCGGUGCACGUGCAGGUCACCGCGGCAUGCCAGGAGUUUUUCGAGCGGUACCGCCGCCAGGCCCACGUCACCCCCAAGUCGUACCUCUCUUUCAUCAACGGCUACAAGCAGCUGUACACCAAGAAGCUGGCGUACAGCCGCGAGCUGGCGGCCUCCAUCCGCAACGGCCUGCACAAGAUGGAGGAAGCCAAGGCAGACAUCUCCAAGAUGAAGGUGGAGCUGGCCGCCAAGAACCAGGAGCUGGCCCAGGCCAGCAAGCAGGCGGAGAAGCUGCUGCGGGAGAUCAGCGACAGCACUGCGCUGGCGGAGAAGGAGAAGAACAAGGUGGCUGUGAUCGUGGAGGCGGUGACCAAGAAGGCCGAGGAGAUUGCGGUGGUGAAGGGCGAUGCGGAGGCCGACCUGGCGCAGGCCAAGCCCGCACUGGACGCCGCGCUGGCCGCCCUCAACUCCAUCACUCCAAAGGACAUUACCUCCCUCAAGGCCCUCAAGAACCCACCUGACGUCAUCAAGCGCAUCUUCGACUGCGUGCUGCUGCUGAGGCGAGGCCGGCGGCGGCGUGGGGUGGCUGGGCUGCUGCGCGAGGUUUUGCAUGCGCCGCACCUGCCCGUGAACAAGGCGGCUUGGCAGGAUGUGAAGGGCGCCAUGGUACUGGCGGGAACGUACGAGGAAGCUGUGAAGAUGAUGGGGGACAUGAACUUCCUGCAGUCCCUCAUGAACUUCCCCAAGGAGGCCAUCAACGACGAGACAGUGGAGCUGCUGCAGCCCUACUUCUCCCCCCCCGACUUCAACUACAAAUCCCCCAAAAAGGCCAGCGGCAACGUGGCGGGGCUGUGCAGCUGGGCCAAGUCGAUGUGCAAGUACCACGAGGUGGCCAAGGCCGCAGCCUGCUGGUGCAGCUGGCGGACAAGGAGGUGGAUGUGGGGGAGGGCUUCCGCCUCUACUGCACCACCCGCCUCCCCAACCCCCGCUUCUCGCCCGAGCUUUCAGGCACGCAUUCUGCUUUCCGCUUCCCGCUUCCUGUUCUCCAUGUGGGCAGCCUGCUGCAUGUCUGGGAGGGGACCCAAGGUGGCGGUCAUCGACUUCACGGUGACCCAGGCGGGGCUGGAGGACCAGCUGCUGGGCAGGCUCAUCCUGCACGAGAAGGCGGAGCUGGAGGCGCAGCGCCAGCACCUGGUGGCCGAGGUGGUGGAGCCCAAGAUCGCCAAGCUGCGGGAGAGCGAGGCAGAGCUGCGGGUCGCCACCCGGGAGCGGCAGGCGGCAGAGGAGGAGCUCAGUGUGGCCAGGCUGGAUGAGAUGCAGGGCCAGUUCGACGCUGCCAUGGCGCACAAGCAGGCGCUGGAGGAGGACGCCGCGGCCACCCAGGCCCGCAUGGACGCCGCCAACGCGCUCAUCUCGGCGCUGGGCGGGGAGGAGGUGCGGUGGACGGCGCAGAGCCGCGCCUUUGACGACCAGAUAUCGCGCCUGACGGGGGACUGCGCGGUGGCGUCCAGCUUUGUCUCCUACCUGGGUCCCUUCAACCGUGAGUUCCGGGAGCUGCUGGUGGCGCGGGACUUUGUGGGGGCCUGCCUGCGCCUGGGCAUACCCGUGACCAAAGACCUGCAGGCGAGCUUGCGCUGUUGUUGGUGUUGGUGUUGUUGGUGGCGUUGUUGUUUAAGCUGCCCGCCCCAGCAGCUGCCGCCUGGCUGCCCGCACGUCCAGACCUACAAGCGCAAGAUCCGGCAGCUGGAGGAUGACCUGCUCUUCCGCCUGUCCAACUCGCAGGGCAACCUGCUGGACGACACAGAGCUGGUGGACAUCCUGGCGGUGACCAAGCAGACGGCGCAGGAAGUGAACGAGCGGCUGCAGACGGCCAGCGAGACGCGGCGCCGCAUCGGGCAGGCGUGCGAGGAGUACCGGCCGGUGGCGCGGCGAGCCACCCUCCUCUACUUCCUCAUCGCCGAGUUUGCGGGGGUGAACUGCAUGUACCAGACCUCCCUGGCCCAGUUUGUGGAGCUGUACCAGGGGGCCAUCGACGCCGCGGAGCGCGCGGUGGUGCCCGCCAAGCGCGUCAACAACAUCCUGGACACCCUCACCCACUCCAUCUACCUCUACAUACAGCGCGGCCUGUUUGAGCGCCACAAGCUCAUCUUCGCCCUCAUGCUGGCCACCAAAGUGCUGGUCAGCUCGGGUCAGGUGAAGGGGGAGGAGGUGGAGGUGUUCCUGCGCAUGGGAUCUGCACUGGACAUCGCUGCCGUGCGCAAGAAGCCCCGGGAGUGGAUCCCGGACCCCGUGUGGCUCAACAUCGUCGCGCUUUCCUCCCUGGACGCCUUCCGGGACCUUCCUGACUCUGUGGCACGGGGAGACGCCGCCUGGCGCGCCUGGUACGAUGCGGAGGCGCCUGAGGCCGCCACCGUGCCCGACUUUCAGAUGCGGCUGAAGCCGUUUGAGCGGCUGCUGGUGGUCAGGGCGCUGCGCGAGGACCGCGCCCUCAUCUGCGCCGCCGACUUCAUCUCGGCUUCCCUGGGGCCGCGGUACGUGGACAGCGUACCGCUGUCCAUGGAGCGCGUGUGGGCGGAGAGCCGCCCUAAGUGCCCCGUCAUCUGUCUGCUGUCGCCAGGCGCCGACCCCACCAAGCUGAUCGAGGACCUGGCCAAGCGGCGGCGCAUCAAGACCCUGGGCGUGUCGCUGGGGCAGGGGCAGGAGGUGGUGGCGCGGCGCCACGUGGCGACCGCCGCCGCAGACGGCUGCUGGGUGCUGCUGCAGAACGCGCACCUGGGGCUGGGGUACCUGGCCGAGGUGCCCCCCCUGUUUGAAGCCGAGGCCACCAAAGAGCGGCUGAAGCGGCUGCAGCCGCAGGCGCCACUCACAAUCCACCUCCGCCAGGAGAUCGACAGGCUCAACCUGGUGCUGGCCCUGGUGGCCUCCACCCUGCAAGACCUGCGCCUGGCCAUCGCCGGCACCAUCGCGCUGUCGGACGAGCUGGCGGAGGCUCUGGACGCGCUGUUCAACGCCCGGGUGCCCCGCCGCUGGGCCCGCAUCUCGUGGGAGGCCUCCGGCAGCGGCGGCUGGUUUGCGGGCCUGCUGGCGCGGCACGACCAGCUGCACCGCUGGCUGGCGGGGGGGCGCCCCCGCAGCUUCUGGAUGAGCGGCUUCUUCAACCCGCAGGGAUUCAUCACUGCUGUCAAGCAGGAGGUGGCCCGGCGCAACAGGUGGCCCCUGGACGCGGUGGUCCUGUCCAGCGAGGUCACCAAGCAUCCCGAGGAAAGCGCGGUCAAGGCGGCCCCCGACGACGGCGUCCUGGUGCACGGCCUCUUCCUGGACGGCGCCGCGUGGAGCGCCAAGGAGGGGCGGCUGGUGGACCAGGAGCGCGGCGCGCUGUACGCGCCGCUGCCGGUGCUGCACCUGACCGCGGUGCUGGCCAAGGACCGGCGCCGCCUGGGCGUGUUUGACGCGCCGUGCUACCGCGGCAAGCGCCGCACCGGCGCGCGCUUCGUGGAUGCCCUCAUGCUGCGCACCGACGCGCCGCCGGCCAAGUGGGUGCUGCGCGGCGCCGCGGUGCUGUGCAGCGUGGACUGAACGGGCCUCCGGAGAGGCUGCGGCGGCUGACCUUCUCACGGGCUGAGGGAGGCAAGGGCUGCGGCCCGGCCGCCGCUCGCGAGCUCGCCCUGAUCGACCUCUUGCUGUACUGUAUCUUUCUCCUCUUCUUGUGUGCUCUUCUUCUGUUUCUUUAGUUACUGGUGGCCUCCGGCCGGAAGGCUGAUAUUCUCAAGCUGUAAGCCACCGCAGUGC